CUCUGUCACAGAUGAUGUUGCCAUGAUCCAGAGUCCAGACUCACAGAGGAAGCAAGACUGAACAGCAGACAGCUCCACCGCCACCACAAACAGUCUCAACCUUGUAAAUUCUGGAAGCAGAAAGCCUGAGGAAUCAGCUGUGAAACUGUCUAAUAGAGAUGACUACAUCAGUGACUAAACUACAGCAGAACUACAACCAGCAGGGCUUCCUCUCAGCGCUGCCUGUACUCAAUGAUGCUGAGCUCAGGGAGGCCAGACAAGCCUUUUCUGAGCUGGAGAAGGAGUUUGGUGAGGAUUACACUCAGUACAGCCUCCACAACGUUCACCUUCAGUAUCCGUGGGUGAUGGGCCUCUCCAAACACCCUCGUAUCCUGGAAGUGGUCAAAGCCGUCCUGGGCCCUGAUGUCAUCCUGCUGGACUCCCGCUUCAUCUGUAAAUACCCCACACUCAAAGCAGCCAACAUCCAGGAGAGGGAAGAAAGCAAACUUCCAUACGUGGCCUGGCAUCAGGAUAUGAGGUAUUGGGGUAUUGCUGGUGGCCCUGUUCUCUCUGUGUGGCUCGCUUUAGAUGAUUCCCUGGAAGAAAACGGUGCCCUUCAGGUCAUCCCAGGCAGCCACUGCUCCGGCAUGUUGCUCCAUCGUCCAGCCGUCCGUCCUGGAAACAUGCUGUCGGUCAACCAGGAGAUCCCAGAGGAGCUGGUGCAGGUGGAGGACGCUGUGCUCUGUCCUCUGGCAGCUGGACAGAUGUCUAUUCAUGAUGGACUCCUGGUCCAUGCAAGUGAUGCCAACACAUCUGAGAGGAGGCGCUGUGGCUUCGUCAUCCGAUAUGUCCCCACCUGUGCCUCCCCCACACAGGAUCCUGACCGUCCAAGGAAAUUUCAUGCAACAGUGUUGGUCUCUGGAACCGACCAGUUCAACCAUUUCUCCAACAAACGCACAUGAAUAUUUACUGGAGUCUUCCUGCUUGAAUCUAAGUUGCUUUUUACACUUAACAGGAAUAGAAUAUUGUAUAUAUAAAAUAAUACUAUCAGGAAUAUAGUUUAUAAUGAGAACAAAUGUUUUCUGUAUAUUUAUGACCAACAGAAUAACUGUGCUGUGCUGUAUUGACGUCUCAACUGUGAAUCAGUCAUAAAUUAACAGCGUUUUCUUAAUGUAAUAUAUUAUUGUGACACAUACUGCUGUAACUUGUUGUGAAGCCUUAAAUAAAUGUAACAGAAAUGACACAAA